CUACCCUUCUCUAUGAAAAAAAAGGCAUUAAAAAAAACAAAAAGGAUAAUCCAUAAAUAAAUAGAUAAAUUCACUUUCCCAUUCUAAUUUCUAAUUUAAUGCAAAACCAUAUCUUUAUUAUUCUUUUUUUUCUUCCUUGUUACUCUGAAGUUGAUCAACUUCAAAAUCUGUGUGUGCCAUUUUUCUUGCGCAAACACAGAAACAAAGAAUCAAGCUCGAAACUUUUUCCUCUUUGAUUUAAUGGGUAGAAGCAAAUCGAAGAUUUGAUCUGUGUUAAGUUGGGUAAGAAUUGCUCAGAGAAUAAAGGAAGGGAAAAAUAAAAAAUAAAAACCAAAAUGGGAACUUCAGAAGCAAAAGAAGAAGAGCUUGUGAAGAAGAUAGAGAAGCUUGAAGCUGGCCAUGUUCAGCUGAAGCAUGAGAUGUCGAAGCUGAAGCUAUCUGAACGCCGCCAUCAUCACCGCCACAGGUCGCACUCCUUGUCGCCGCAGCGUUCAAGGCUUGGCGGUUGUGGCGGUGGCGGGGUUGCUGCUGCUGGUUGUAACAACAAAGGGUCUUCUUCUUCACCCUUGAAGAGGGAGAGUCGCAGCAGCAAUAAUCAUAAUCAUAAUCACAAUCAGAACCAGAAUCAGAAUGAAAAUGGUGAUGGUGAUGGUGAUGGUGAUGGUGAUGUUGGUGUGAAUGUUGGCCUUAGUGAGAAGCAGUAUAUGAACAUUUUGCAGUCAAUGGGGCACUCGCUUCAUAUUCUGGAUCUUCAAUGCCGGAUUAUAUAUUGGAAUCCUAGUGCCGAAAAUCUGUAUGGUUAUGCAGCAGUAGAGGCUCUUGGAAAAGAUGGGAUUGAGCUGCUCGUAGACCCUAUUGAUUUCGGACUAGCAUAUGAUGUAUUCAACCAUGUCACUGUGGGGGAGAGUUGGAGCGGCCAGUUCCCUGUCAAGAACAAGAUGGGGGAGAAAUUUUCAGUUGUGGCAACCAACACGCCAUUCUAUGAUGACGAUAGGAAGUUGAUUGGGGUUAUCAGUGUGUCCAUUGAUUCUAGACCCUUUCUUGAAACUCGAGCUACUUUAUCGGAUGUGAAGAAUGCUGCACCAGGUUCAGACUUGGAUUAUAACCGCGCGAAGAGUGGCAUUUCAAAUAAACUUGGCCUUGACUCUCAGCAGCCACUUCAAGUUGCUCUAGCAUCCAAAAUUUCUAAUUUGGCAUCAAAGGUGAGUAAUAAAGUUAAGUCAAGAAUGCGGACAGGAGAAAACGGUGUUGACCGUGAUGGUUGGAGCGGAGAAAGUCAUCAUUCUGAUCAGAGUUUUUCGGAUUGUGUUUUUUCUGACCAGAAAGAGGAUGGUAAUUCCAGUGGAGCUAGCACUCCCAGAGGUGAUGUACCACCUCCAUUUGGUGUAUUUUGUCAUGUUGAAGAGAAAUCACCAGCUAAAUCUUCGAGAGACUCUGGUGAUGAUGGCGAAGGAAAACCAAUUCACAAGAUCAUAACUUCUAAAGCUGAAGCGUGGAUUCAAAAGAGAACAUUGUCAUGGCCAUGGAGAGGAAAUGGUCAAGCUGGAUCCGAGGCAAGAAAUGUUUCUGUUGCUAGGCCACUGGUGCAGAAUGAUCAAGAAAAUGAACUGGUUAAUCAGAUGAAUCUUUCUUCCGAGUCCAGGAUGGAAGUCCAGUCAGGUAAUCGGCCUGUUAACAACGAGGCUUCAGGAUCGUGGUCCUCAGUUAACGUUAACAGUACUAGCAGUACCAGCAGCUGCGGCAGUGGCAGCAGUGGUGCUGUCAAUAAUAAAGUGGAUAUUGAUACCGAUUGCUUGGAUUAUGAAAUCUUGUGGGAGGACCUCACAAUUGGAGAACAAAUUGGGCAAGGUUCUUGUGGAACUGUAUAUCAUGCCCUGUGGUAUGGAUCAGAUGUUGCGGUCAAAGUAUUCUCAAAGCAAGAAUAUUCAGAGGAUGUGAUACUAUCCUUCAGACAAGAGGUAUCUGUCUUGAAAAGACUUCGCCAUCCAAAUAUUAUUCUCUUCAUGGGGGCAGUGACUUCACCUCAACGUCUCUGCAUUGUGACAGAGUUUCUCCCACGUGGAAGCUUGUUUCGUUUGCUCCAAAGAAAUACAUCCAAACUUGACUGGAGACGGCGAGUUCAUAUGGCUUUAGAUAUCGCACGUGGUGUGAAUUAUCUUCAUCGUUGCAGCCCCCCUAUUGUUCAUCGAGAUUUGAAGUCUUCAAAUCUCCUAGUUGACAAGAAUUGGACUGUGAAGGUUGGUGAUUUUGGUCUUUCACGCCUUAAGCAUGAAACAUAUCUCACAACCAAAACAGGAAAGGGCACGCCUCAAUGGAUGGCACCAGAAGUUCUUCGAAAUGAACCCUCGGAUGAGAAGUCCGAUGUGUACAGCUUUGGGGUGAUAUUGUGGGAACUUGCAACUGAAAAGAUCCCGUGGGAUACUCUCAAUGCAAUGCAGGUUAUUGGCGCUGUAGGGUUUAUGAACCAUCAGUUAGAAAUUCCGGCAGAUGUUGAUCCGCAGUGGGCUUCUAUAAUGGAGAGCUGCUGGCAUAGAUCCAACCGGAGGCACGGCCAUCCUGGACUCCACCGCUGGGUUCCACCAGAUCCAUCCCCUUUUCCACGCCACACUCCCUCACUUCCUUCAGAAGCCGCAAGCUCUUCCCUUCCUCCUCUGCUUCCUCCUGAUCCUCACAUGGGUCUCCUUCACCAUCCACCAUUCCUCUUCUUCCUCCUCCGCCCGCCUCCAAUGCUUUCCGUCACCGCUAACGGAAUCAACCCGCGACACCGAUAGAAUGGCCAACCUUGUUAGGUUCAGCUCCUCCGUCACUUGCCCCGUCGCUAAUGACACCGGCGGUUGGCUCCUUGACCCUAUCUCACUAGCUCGAGCUUCUGACAUUUUAGCGAUCCGGCUCAGCGACCAACAUUCCAGGAACUUGUGGAAAGGCUCAGAGAAAUGCAGAGACGACAUGCCAUUCAGCUCCAGGCGGCUCGUUCUGCCAGCGGUGGAAGCAAUCAGAAGGAAUCUUAAGACACAGCCCCCGUUGAGAUGGUUUCUUUUUUGUCACUCGUGGCUAAUGCGUAAGGAUUUUUUUGCACAUUGAUGAUGAGUUGAUGAGGUGUACAAGUAGCUUGUCUCACGGUUUGGCAGUGUUUGCAGGUUGGCAUUCUUGUUCAUCAAUGUUUACCGAGGAGUCGUAUUAAAUGAUAAAAGAGAAGUAGGAAAAGGGUUAGAAAACUAGUUUAUAGUCCUUUUGUGUUUUAAUAAUGGCACCAUCUUCAAUUGAUUAGUGAUGCACUGAUGCUCUAUGUUUGGAGUCUUGUGUAUAGAGGUUUCUCAUUAUCAUCAUUGUAAUCUUAUAUAGACAAAGUUUGUGACAUCUUUUCUUUAGCUGUAAAGAAACUUAGAGAAAACUGAAAAGAAAAGAGCUUUGGUAUUACUCAUA